AUGAGCGCAACUGCGAAGCAAACACCCGGCAACACAAAGCACGAGACGGGGAGAAGUUCGGCUCAAAAGAUUCGAGUUCUGCCCGUAACCAAUCGGCGCGCUUCCACCGCCUUGCCGACUUUGCGCGUCUUCAACUUCAAUUGCUCGACCUCUACGACUGUACUCAAUUUUGACACUCUCCUUCGUGGGUCAAUCCUUUCCGGCUGGCUCCGUUUUAUCCGGUUGGGUCUACGCAUACAAACCUGCUCACAAGCCGGGAGACCUGCCAGACAUGGGCUUUAUCACGGGAUUCGUACGUCCAAACUCCCAGCACACUCCAAAGAACAACCAACUGAUCAAAAUCUGCACAAACAGUUCAGCGGCUUUGCCCUGACUACCUCCCUUCUAUACAUAACGAUCCAAGUCCACAAGGAAACACGUCUGGAGCAGCGCAAGCUCAUCCGUGAACAAGUAGACCAAAUAAACUAUCUCGCCGCUUCCUCCGGCGCAUACGACCGUCGCUUCGAGCCUUUGUACAUACCCCGCCGCCUCGAAGACCGCGCAGCUCGACGAGGUGAAGAAACCGACAUGAAAGAGAUCCUGAAGCAUAGAUGGAACAAGGAAGUGGAGAAGCUGGCCCGAAAGGCGCAAGAAACUCGAUGGGAGGAUGUGACGGACACAGCGGUUGAGGGCUGGAAGGCUGCGGUCAAGUUUGUUAAGCGCGAGUAG